AGUGAGUCUGGACUCUGACCGUCAGUGGUGUCUUGGAGACGAUGGUCAUGACGUAAAUCUAUUCCAGUCUCUUGAACUUUGUUCGGCGUCAUAUGUUCUUCCUAUAUAACAUGGGGGAGUCGCAGAUACCAACCAUCUCUCUCUUUAUCCCUCCAAAUGUCUCUCUCAAAGCACAUCAACCCGGAUAGACUCAUUCGCGAGUCCAAGGAUAAGACGUCCCACCACCACCAUGUGACUGGUACGGAUUCUAGUUCCACUUCUCACCCAUACGGUGCGCGAUACGGAACAACAUCUAUACCCAAGUACCAUCUCCCUACCAAGGGAGCCAGCGCGCAGACCACUUACCAGCUGAUCCAUGAUGAACUGUCUCUUGAUGGAUCUCCCUGUCUCAACCUUGCGUCCUUUGUACACACCUGGAUGCCAGAUCCCGCGAACAAGCUAAUGAUGGAAAACAUGUCCAAGAACUUGAUAGACCAGGAUGAAUACCCUAUGACGCAACAAAUUCACGGCCGCUGUGUUUCUAUUCUUGCAGAUCUUUGGCAUGCGCCUUCGACACAUCAGGCAAUUGGGACUGCCACCACUGGCUCAUCUGAAGCCAUACAGCUGGGUGGUCUUGCCAUGAAGCGACGCUGGCAAGAGCGUCGCAAGGCUGAGGGCAAGUCUAUCCACGAGCCCGGCCCCAACAUCAUCAUGGGUGCGAAUGCGCAGGUCGCUCUCGAAAAGUUCGCACGUUACUUCGAGGUUGAAUGCCGCCUCGUACCAAUCAGUGUUGAGAGCAAGUAUAGGCUCGACCCCAAGAAAGCCAUGGAGCUCAUCGACGAAAAUACUAUCGGCGUUUAUGUCAUCCUCGGCAGUACUUACACUGGUCACUACGAGCCCGUAAAGGAGAUGUCUGACCUUCUCGACGAGUACGAACAGAGGACGGGAAUCAGCGUUCCCAUCCACGUCGACGGAGCUUCGGGGGCCUUCAUCGCACCCUUUGCGCAUCCAAAGUUGCUUUGGGACUUCAAGCUUCCGCGGGUUGUCUCUAUCAAUACAUCAGGUCACAAGUUUGGUCUGGCUUACGUAGGUGUCGGUUGGGUUGUAUGGCGCUCCAAGGAGUACCUCCCGAAGGACCUCAUAUUUGAGCUGCAUUACCUCGGAUCAGUCGAAUACUCAUUCUCGCUCAACUUCUCCCGUCCUGCCGCACCCAUCAUUGCUCAAUACUUCAACUUUAUCCACCUCGGAUUUGAGGGGUAUCGCGCGGUAGCCAAGGAUGACCUCAAGAAUGCAAGGCUUUUGAGUCGCGCUCUCGAGAAAUCUGGCUGGUAUACGGUUCUUAGCGACAUACACCGACCUAAAGCCGAGGAUAUCACUCAGAAGAGCGCCCAGGUGGCUGCUGACUUUGAUGAAGAAAACGCGGAGAACUAUGAGGAUGGUCUUCCAGUUGUGUCAUUCCGGUUCUCCGACAGCUUCCAGGAGUCAUACCCUGAAAUCCAACAGAAGUGGAUUCAGACUCUUCUGCGAACCAAAGGGUGGAUUGUCCCGAACUACGAACUUGCGCCCGACUUGGAAAAGGUUCAAAUUCUUCGGGUCGUUAUCAGGGAGAAUGUCACUGAAGCGCUGGUGGAUCGCCUGCUGGAGGACAUCAUCGAGAUUACUCAGGACCUCAUCAAGCACGACUCCCCGUCAAAUGCCCUCAAUAUGCUUGGAAACCACAUCCAUAAGCACAGUCCUAGUAAGAUGGACGAAAGCUCCGCGUUGAAGUACUCUGGUACGUACUCGAAGCAGUGUUAAGAGCCGGCUGAGGUGAAAGAACGGUGAAUACAUUCAUUAUGGCGAGAAUUGUACAAUAGCUUUUGGCGGAGGUUUGGAUGUACGAUUGUAGGAAUAAGGACAUGAUUUGGACGUCGUAUACGGCUCUGACCGCUUAAGC